AUGAGCACAGCUCCAUCCCGCUCCGCUCCCCCUCCUCCCCCUCCCCAAGAAGAGGACGGAGCUUCGGCCAACGAGCGUCUCCUCGCCGCGGCCAAGACGGACAAUGAAGAGCUCCUCGAGUCGGCUUUCAACCAGCUUGACGAUGUCAACUUUGUGGACGGAAUGGGCAACACUGCGGUGCAUUACGCCGUCAUGAACGGCUCUACGGACGUGCUGGAGCACAUUCUUGCUCACGAUAGCUGCAACCCGGACAUCCGAAACAGGCUGGCUGGUGACACACCACUCCACAUUGCCGUGCGGAACAAGUGGGAAGACCACCCAGGCAUGCGGUUGUAUCUUGUUGGCUCACUUCUCGAGGCCGGCGCCGACCAGCUGAUCAAGAACCGGCACAACGAGCGUCCGGCCGAUGCGCUGCCCCAGUGGCACGCCGGUGUGGACCCCGAGGCGGACGACGAAAAGGUCCGCUCGAUGCUCCGUCGCGCCGCCGCCGAGACCAUGGUCGCGUCCAGCGGCGACGUUGUUGAGGAGGACGACAUCAUUGACCCCAACGACGUGGCCUCGGACAGCGACUGA